GCUCCAGCAGCAGCCAGAGCAGCUCCUCAGCAGAAGAGCCAUCCAGCUCGGCAUCGCAAGCCCACAUGGAGGAUGCCGCGAGCCUCUAUGGCUUGAAUAAGAAAAAUCUUGUGAAGCCCCCCGAUGCAACGGUCUUGGACGAUUUGGGUGCACGGCAGCUGGCUUACACAGUCAGCUUCGUUACAUCCUCAAUGGUUGCUUCGGAUGCCUUCGAGAUUGGGGGAGAGCUGGUUACUUGCAUUGACACAGAAAGCCUGCUUCGUGACCGAGAGAUGACCAUGAAAAAGCAGAAGGCCAAGGCUUCUCAGACGGACGCCAAGUUCGAGGCCUCUUCUUUGUUACCAGACAGGAAGUAUACCGGGGGAAAGCGAGCCUGGACUGACGCCCUGGAGAGCAAGCUGAAGCUUUUUCGCGAGGAAGCCAAAGGAGAUUUGAAGAAGAUGCUCGGCACAAACAAGAAAAAGAGGACACCCGAGGCUCCGCCUGCGAAGGUUCCCCCGGAGCCGAAGAAAAAAAAGGAGGAGGAGGAGGAGGAGGACGAGGAGGAUAAAGAGGAGGCAUCGCCAGGCGAUGUCCCCCUGCUGCCCGACUCCGACGACUUCUCAGAGCCGGAGGGGGAACCGAAGGAAAGCGAUGAUGAUGACGAUGGUGACAAUGAUGUUUUCCGGGGCAAGUUCGCUGCUUCGAAGACGGGGCACAGUUUGGAGGAGCUGUUGAGCUCCUUGCCGGCCAGACUUGUGGCCGCGAAGGAUGAGUUUGAGGAUGCUGUCUUGAAGUCCUUGCCAUCGGAUCUGUCGAUGAGCUUUGUCUGCACGCCAUGUAAUUGCUCAGUUCGUGCAUUCAAAACAAAACAUCUCAUAGCCGAGGCCAGAUUUCUCGAACUGGUAUCGGGUGCUGCUCAAGGAGAAGCUCUUGAAGCUAGAGGAUUUUGA